AUGGAAAGUGUUAUCAAAUUAUUAGAGCAUCAUAAUCAGUCGCAAUUGUGCGAACACCUAAGAAAUUAUUCUUUGCAUAAUUUUGAUACAUCAGAUUUAAAUAAUUUGGAAAUUUUUCUGAAAAAAAUGAAUGAAAUAACGAAUUUAGAAGAGGAGAAAGAAAAAGAAUAUAUAACAUAUGUACCCAAAUUGAUAGACAUUGACAGUAUCUAUGAUUGUAAAAACCCAGAAAAUGGAAGUAUUUUUAUAAAUAUGUAUAAAAAAAAAUGUGUACUUAAUGAGUUAAGAUGUUUAGGUUUAGAAAUUAUAAAAAAAAAUAAAGUUGCUGUCAUACUUUUAGCUGGAGGACUUGGAUCAAGGUUAGGCUUAAGUAAAGCUAAAGGGUUAUUAGAAGUAACCCCUUUGUUGAAUAAAACAUUUUUCCAAAUAUAUUUUGAACAAAUUAAUUUUUUAGAGUCAUUUUGUUCUUUCAAUGAAAAAAUAGAAAUUCCAAAGAUUUCAGAAAAUGAAAAUAAAAAUAAUCCUAGCACCAAUAAUAGUGAAUGUGAAGUAAUGGAUAAAAAAAAUAAUAAUGAUAUAAGUUGUAAUAAUAAAAAUAACAAUAGCUUUUUGAACCAGAAUUUUAAUUGUAUAAAUUCUUCAAAACCUUCUCUAUCAAAAGAUGAUCAAAAUAGUAUAUUUCUAAAUAAUUCUUGUAAUAAAAAAGUUUCUAUUUACAUUUAUAUAAUGACAUCCAAUUUCACGCAUGACAUAACAGUUAAAUAUUUAGAGGAAAAUAAGUUUUUUGGUUUAAAAAAAGAAAAUAUUUUGAUUUUUAAACAAUGUGAUAAUUAUUCUACUGAUUUUAAUUAUAAUCUCCUUUUAACAAAUCCAAAUAAACUACUAACAAAUCCAGCAGGUAAUGGAGAUAUUUUCAGAGCAAUAGAUAAAAAUGGCAUAAUUGAAGAUAUGGUAAAUAAAAAUAUAAAAUACAUUCAAAUUGUAAGUAUUGAUAAUGUGUUAAAUAAAAUUGCAGAUCCUGUAUUAAUUGGAUUUUGUUCUUUUUUUAAUUGUGAUAUUGCUAAUAAAUCAGUAAAAAGAAAAGAAAAAGAAUCAAUGGGUAUUUUCUGUUUAAGAGAAAAAAAAAAAAAAAAAAAAAACUCAAACAAGGUGCACAAUUACUUUUCAGUUUGUGAAUAUACAGAAUUACCUAAUGACAUUUCAAAAAAUUCAGAAUUAUUUGAAUAUGGAAAUAUAUGCCAUCACAUGUUCUCUUUUGACUUUUUAAAUUAUAUUGUCAAAAAUAAAAUAUAUGAUAAAAUGAAGUUGCAUAAAAUUUCAAGGAAAAAAGAUUAUUAUGAUUUAAGUCUAAAAAACAAAAAAUCUAAUCCAUUAGUUAAUAAUAUUGCAUAUUGCUAUGAAUAUUUUAUUUUUGAUGUAUUUAAAUAUGCCAGGAAAAUUUUAUCUUUUGAGAUUUCAAGAGAAAAAGAAUUUAGUCCAAUAAAAGGUAAUAAUAAGGGUGAUAGUAUAUUGGAAGCUCAAAAAAAUUUAAGCAAUUUGCAUAAAUCAUGGCUUAUAAAUCAGAACUUUAAUAUAAUUGAUAAUAGAGAUGAAAAACUUAAUUUUUGUGAAAUAUCACCCCUUGUUUCGUAUGAUGGAAAUUUUUUUUUUGAUUUACCUAAACAUAAAACUAUACAUUUGCCAUAUUUUCUAGAUAAAAAUUCUCAUUAA